GCAUCUAUUUUUUAUAUGUACAUAGUGACAGAAGAGAGUAGCAGUAGAGCGCCCUUGUUAUAAAGGCAAUAAUAGCGAGGCGCGGCACACCGCUGGAAAGAAAGUAAUACAAACCAUUAAGGAAUACCACUUUACUGGAAUAACCUGGAGAUUGCAUUAUUUAUCCCGGAGACGGGGAGAAACACCUGAAGCAGCGCGGUCAUCCACACAUUUCUUGUAGACGCACACGACACCCGGUUUAAAAUGUCUGCCCCAGGCCCUGCCGGUGCCCCAGGCACAGAAGGAGGUAACCAGCCUCCCCCUAACCUCACCAGCAACCGUCGCUUACAGCAGACUCAGGCUCAGGUGGAUGAGGUGGUGGACAUUAUGCGUGUGAACGUAGACAAGGUUCUGGAGAGGGACCAGAAGCUGUCAGAGCUGGAUGAUCGGGCUGAUGCCCUGCAGGCUGGAGCCUCACAAUUCGAGACCAGUGCCGCCAAGCUCAAGAAUAAAUACUGGUGGAAGAAUGCCAAGAUGAUGAUUAUCCUGGGGGUGAUAUGCGUGAUUGUCCUCAUUAUAAUCAUCGUGUACUUCAGCACCUAAAGCGUGACGUUCCUACCCCACUCUGAGCUCACGAACGCCCAAUUCCAAGCGACA